AUGAUGUGUACUGGAAAGUGCACCAAAUGUACGUGCACCAAAUGCAUUGGGAUUGCCUUGCUCCCACUUGCUAUCUGUGCUAUUAUCUCCAAUCUCCUCCUCUACUUCCCCAAUGGAGAAGUAUUAGAAGCCAGCAGGAUCACUGAUUUGGUCUGGUUUUUCCAUGGAAUUCUGGGAGCAGGAAUACUGGUUUUCUUGCCAGCAUUUAUGAUGCUGGGGGCAGGUGGAGCAGGAUGUCAUGCAAACAAAUGUGGGAUGGUGCUGUCUGUUGUCUUUGCUGCCCUGGGAGCUGCAGGUGGAGUCUACUGUGUGAUCAUUUCAUCUUUGGGGUUAAUUAGUGGUCCUCUAUGUGAUAUCGGUGAUGAGAUAUAUGUCUAUCCUUUCCGGAACGACACCUUGGCAGACAAUUAUCUGUUAAACCAGACAACCUGGAGCAUUUGCAAAAAACCAGAAAAUGUAAUCCUCUGGAACAUUGUGCUGUUCUCCCUCCUGCUGGCCAUCGGCACAGCCGAAGCAGUCCUUUGCCUCAUUCAAGUCAUCAAUGGGCUCAUCGGAUUCCUAUGUGGCUCAUGCUUGAAGAAAAGAAAGACUGAUAUUGCAGGAAUGUGACCAUCUGUCAAAGAAAACAGAAUGCAAAUGACAAACAGGCAAUAUGUAUACAGUCAGAAGAGUGUGUGUUGCUGUAUAUUUAUACAAACAA